GGAAGACAUCUGGUACUGGCUGAUCUCCAAUACAAACAAUUUAAAAGCAAUACGUUUGGAUAUCUUUAUCUCUUUAUCAUUGAUAAUUUCCUGAUAUUUCAUAUACUACCGGAUAACAUGGAUCCUAAAUUCUGGCAUCCGGGUCUACGAACAGUCAUCAUUGAAUCUGAUAUUCUCUUUCCUUUCUACCAGCAUGAAACUGUCUCUCAACUAUUCUGGCAAAGCUCCAAUCUAUUCGUAUGACCUAUCAAGCCAGCAUGUACUCAAGUCGUUAUCGAUGAUUAUAUCACGAUGUACCUGUUUAAUGGAUAAUAUAGUCGUCUCCCACUUCUUUACUUUUCGGUUCCUCUCUAAAGCUGCAUAUAAAAAAGAGCAACAGUGCUACACAAUGGGUAUGCUGAAGGAUCUUUUUGAUAUAUCAACUGUGCGCUCAUGCGUCCUGGUCCACUCAGUUGUCCUAUAUAUCCACCCCCAGCUUCCGUUCAUCAGACUGUCGAUUCUGCGCGGAUUUCUCCAAGCCUCUCUGCUCCAAAGCAUCGUAUCAGACGCUCUCGCGAUUCUCGCGAGCUUCCCUCUUUCAUAUACGAAUAAAUUUAACGUGUCGCAAUUGCUUUUGCACCCUCUGUAGUCAUUUUUUCCAGUGGCCAUGUAGUUCAGUGGCAUCUCUAACAUGACAAGGGCGUUUUCACGCUUACUAUGUGUUACGUGAUGAUCUUAUGUACAUUGUAAAUUUACUGAACGAUCACUUGAUGUGCGUGCUACUAUUUUUAUAAUUUAUUCAAUUAAUGACCUAGCAAGAGACGGUGAAUGAAGAUUUGGCAUGAAGCUUGGAAAUAAUUAGUGGUCAGAAAGUAAUUAUGUUUGAGUAGAGAUAAUUGAAUGAUGAGGUGAGAAAUAAACUUCUUGAUAAACUUCAGCCUCAAUUUCUAGAUCUACAUAUGAUACUUUAGUCAAUAAGUUUAAUAUUAUUAAGUCAUAUUGAUAAAUCGUACGUAUAUUAGGUAAUAAAUAAUUCAUACACUCAUGUCUUACCUUUUCUGAUUCGUCACUGAAUCACUUUUAUUAUUUAAUUAUCUUAUCUCAUUGUAACGAUUCACGGUGAUUGCCAUUUAAUCAUCUCCGAGCAACGUGAUUGGACAGCAUGAUGAAACGGUUGCUCGUUAUACGUUGGUUGUGUGCGAAUGAACCGCGAUAAUCUCAAGAGUUACUAGCCUCAAGGUAGAAUUCAGAUGUGUAUGAAAGCCACUCUUUAUUUUUGUUGAGUGAUAAAAUCACUGAUUAAACUCACUGUGAUGAAAUAAUGUAAAUAAACUUACUACACUGUUAUUCUUAUCAGUCUGUUGCCAUUUUUAUAGGUUAUUUUGGUUCAUUACUUAGUAAUAAUAGCACAACUAUAUUGUAUUAAUCUAUAAAUACAUUGAUAAGUUUACAUAUGUAUUUGCGAAAACAGCAUCCCCAUAUUGUCACGUUGGAGUCUUUCCGUCUCUUCGUAUCCCUCUCUUAUACAACGGCUAUCGAUUGCAUGCUACUAGAGUUGCCGCUGACGCCACCGCAACUUUUCUAGUUUCCGUCUGUUGCAAACAGUUGAUGGAGAUUUUGCAUUUUUUUUUUUUAUUCAUAAACAGUCUAAUUAACUUGAUCAUAAAAAUAAUUCAACACUCAUUCUUGUUUAUAUUUUAAAUAAAAAUAGUCUGUAUUUCUUUUAAGUAUUGAUAAAAACUGUAAAAAAGUUUUCUUAUUGAUAAAUUGAUUAAUUGCCAUAACUUUAUCAAUAUACAAUUACUUCUGUUUGAAACGAAUGAAUGAGAAUUCCUAUGGACAUCAGGACAAUAGAGCAAAGUUAUUUAGACCUCGAUCCGAUGUUGGAUCAGAUAUCAGAGAAAUGUUGGCGCCUGAGACAUCAAGGUGUCCCAACUGGUUAUUACUUUACAUAUUAUCAUCACUGUGGACAUCUGAUGUGGCAACAUUACAACAGCCGUGAUAAUAAGAAUAUAAAAAUAAAGGGAAAUAGAUUUAGUUGGUGCCAACAAUAAUGCAAAUAAGUGCCAGUGAUUAUUAUCAGAGAACACCACGAUCCUGUCCGGGUCGUCGUGCGUCUCAAUUAACUGGUGCAGCAUCAAGCACAGCAAUCACAAAUUCAAACUCAAAUACCACUGGAAAUGCUACUGAAAAUUCAUUCAGAAUAUCGACUACAGUAAAAGCCUCGGAAUUGUGGUGUUGUUGUUGCAACUACUCCACAACAAGAAGUACUAAAACACCAGGUUUUCUUGCUUGCCUUGGAAUUUGUGUUUUGGUUUUUGGCUACACACUUCUCGGUGCGUUUGCAUUUAUGGCUCUUGAAGGUGGUUUUAAAAUAGAAUCACCAUCUGAUGACGCUGCUGCUCGACAAUUACGAGCCAAUACUGUGGAAAGGUUGUGGGGUAUCACCGAGCUUUUAAACGUCCUCUACAAAGAAAAUUGGACACGCUUAGCUGAACGCGAGAUUCUUGAUUUCCAAGAGAAAAUGGCACGAAGUCUUAAUCACGACCGGUCGUCAUUUUCAGUUUAUGGAGGAACAAUUCAGAGGUCAUCAAAAGGCCACGAUCGGUUAAAAGACUCGAGGCCAAUGAGUGAUCGACGAUGGACAUUUGGCAGUAGUUUGUUAUACUCUUUGACUCUUAUAACGACUAUUGGGUACGGCAGUGUAGCUCCACGAACCAUUUGGGGUCGAGUAAUUACAGUGGUCUAUGCACUGGCUGGAAUACCUCUGAUGUUGGUGUACCUAAGCACAAUAGGUGAUGUUUUUGCUCGUUCAUUUCGUCGGUUGUAUGGUCGACUCUGUCAUCGAAAUAACGAUUGUGGAAAAAAGCAAAAAAACGCUGGUGGUCAAUAUUUCGUUUCACAAUCAGCUAUGUCUGGUUUGAUAGGAAAAAGCUAUCAUCGUUAUGACAAUCACAUUGAAACGACCAAAUUUGCUUCUGGUAAUUUUUAUUCUAGCAAAGACAGUUCUUGUGAUGAGCUUGGUGUGCGUGCAACUGGAGGUGCAAUUUUACUUGAUCGCGAUGGACUUGAUAAUAAUCUUUACCUCCAUUCAACUUCUUCAAAUAACGCGCUCCAGGACAUGAAUUCUGAAAAAAAACAUCUCCAUGCAUGUUCUCAAAUGUCUUUAAUGCCAUCAACUGUUGGAUAUGGCACUGACACUAUUUGUGUUGUGAGAAUACCUAUCAGUUUGUGUCUUUUGAUUAUUUUGCUAUACGUAUGUGCUGGUACAUUUAUGUUUCAUCGUCUAGAAGGAUGGAAUCUACUUGAAAGUAGUUACUUUUGUUUUACAAGUCUUGGAACCAUAGGUUUCGGUGAUCUGGUACCAGCAGGCCGAAAUGCACCAUCAAGGUUGUUAGAAGAGCUAAGUCUUUGUGCUUGCUCUUUAUAUAUACUAGUAGGGAUGGGUUUGAUAGCGAUGUGUUUCAACUUAAUGCAAGAAGAAGUUGUACGAGUGGUCCGAGUUUUUGGAAGAACUUGUGGUACUGCAGGAGGAAUGACAGCAGGUUCACUUGGAGCAACAGGAUUAAAAUCGGAAUUGGGAGAAGAUGGAAAUAUUGGUGGAAGUAGUUUGACAGACGGAUGUAGACAAUCAUCAGAACAUGAUGAUAAUGGGAUUGCUAUGUCAAUAGUAUCUUCAUCCUGACAACGUCCAUCCAGGAGUUCUGUCGAUGAUGGAGAACUCCUGGCUCAGCAUCGUUUAACAAACAAAUUCUCCUCGCCAGAACGUCAUUCAUUACCACGUAAAAAAACGUCUUCGGAUUGUAGAGAUUUUGGUGCUGGGUCUUUUUCUCCAACGACUCAUAUUCAACGUGGAGGUCCCUCAUUUGCAAAAAAUAGCAUUUCACCAUUACAACAUUUUCAUCAGCAUCGAGGAGAUGGUUGUCACUCUCAGCAAGAUGAUUCAAAUCAUUUUGAAUAUUUUGUACCAAGAAGUGUAAGUGAAUUUAAUCUUGCAGCAGCAUCAGUACAAGAUAUUGCUGUACCACCUCCAAGUUCUGUGCUCAAGCCGUGCUCUAUCAUCGCUUCAUCACAAACAAAAUUGACAUCAGGCGUUCAAAGUGGCAAUUUGUGCUUAGGACGUUCAACUGUUGAAGGUGGCACCUGUGCAACGAGAAAUCGUGAAAAAAUGGUGACUUUUGAAGAUGAAGGAUGUCCUAGUUCAACACCUGCGAGGAAAAAUCUAUCACCAACAUUAGAAAAUGUCUUUAUGUGACGUUAUGACUUUCAACUCAUGUAUUCAUUCACUUUAUUCAUUACAUUUUUACUAAAAAAAAAUGCAAAUAUACUUAAAUUAAUAUUCGAUAAAAUGCAUUUUGGCUGUGCAUUAAGCGUAUUAUGGGUGUUUCUACGUUAUCACUGUUAUUAUUAUUAUUAUCAAUUAAUCUUAAGCUAUAUCCCUCAAUUUUAUUAUGUCACUUAUUUUACACUGAAUAAGGAUUAUUUAAAAGAAAAAAAUUAUUAUCAUUACAAAAUACUUUGCUCAAAAUUAGUAUAGAUGUUUCAUUAGGUUAAUUGUUAUUUCGAUAUUUAAUGAUUGAAAAAAAUUUUUUUGAGAGAAAAAAUAUUUAAUUCUCUUGAACGAAUGAAUUUAUUUUGUAAUAAAUAAUUUUUCUUCAGUGUAUUAUAAAUUAAUAAAUUACUAAAAUAUACAAAUAAGAAUUUCAUAAACAUUAUCAAUUUAAUAUUGUUAAUUCCACAAUGAAGAGAACGAAUAAAAUGG